GCCGCAGCGCUUCGCCACCGAUCGCUUGGUUCGCUUGUCGUCGUCGUCACGUCAGGCGCGAUCGACGACCGUAGCGCAACUCGCCACCGCUCAGUUCGCAACGGAGUGUCGGCGGCGGUGUUGUUGUUGUGCACUACGUCCGUUCGGUGAAAACGCUUUUGUGGUGCGGCGCCCCUCGUUCGAUGGUGACUUUGCGCGAGUGCCGCCCGCAGCGUCACGCAGCUGGGACGGCGUGAAAACAGCGGCGCUUGUUUUUCGAGUGUUGUGUUGUUUUUUGCAUCGAUCGAGCAAAAUAGAGAAAUUAGCGUGUGGGAUAUUGUUGAGUGUGAGUGCGCGCGUGUGUGUUCAUUGAUUUCACGUGCGGUGCGAGACGCUUCCGGGCCAUUCAUGCCGUUUUUUGCCUGGUGAAUGAAUGAAACCGAAACCGUUUUUGACAUUUGACAAUCGCCAGCGCAUCCUUCAACAGCGAUUUCUGUGUUGAUGGUGCAGAUUCAACUUGGCGUGGAUGACAAACGGCGGCAGGGGCGUCGUCGCCGGCGGCAUGGCGUCGUUUAUGACCAAGAAAAAGAAGUACAAGUUUCAGGUGGAGGUCUGCCUCGAAGAACUGCUGGAAGUCCCGUUUGUAUCGGCUGUACUCUUUGCGAAACUACGAUUACUCGACGGGGGGAAUUUUCAGGAUCAUAGUCAACGAGAAGAAGUGCGUGAUCACACCGUAAAGUGGAACGCCCGCUACUCCUUCCCGUGCAAAAUGCUCGCCAACGCCUCCACGGGCGUCCUCGAGCGCUGCGUGCUGCGCAUCUCGGUGCGCAAGGAGUCAAAGGGCGGCAAAUCCUUCACGAAGCUCGGCUUCGUCGACCUGAAUCUCGCCGAGCUCGCCGGCGCCGGCUCCACCAGCCGCAAAGCCCUCCUCGAAGGCUACGACGCGCGCCACCGUCAAGACAACAGCAUGCUACGCAUCUCCAUCAAAAUGAACAUGUUAUCCGGCGACAUCCUCUUCAAAGUCCCUUCACCCACACACGCGAGCAAAACCGGAAAUGCGGUGCCAUUACCACGCGCUGACGAAAACGUCGCUUUUGAACCCACCACCACCAGACUUCUAGACGAAUUCUCAUCGGGGUCCCUAGCUGGAAGCAUUGGGAGUGGGAGCAGUGGGUUUGGCAGCUUGACGAAGAAACGACCUGCAUUAACCGAUAUAAUUAUUGGUCAAACAUUGACUGAGAGUAAUGUUCCUAUCACAUUGGCAAGCGACGAUGUAUCAUCCACUGGAAACAUAACCACAACUUACAUUAGUACAGCUACAACCACGGAUGAAGACGGUUUGUUACCAGGACAGGAACCCGGCCAUUCGCGCAACUCAAGCAACACCAGUCAGAUGUCAAAGGCGUCGGGUUAUAGUAGUAUACAUUCACACAGCAGGCAAUCAUCAUCGGGGGAUUCCGGUCAUAUUCGAGAUUUAGUUACUCCUGGUACAACUACAACGGCGAAACGGAAAGCUGGGCCGACAAUCGCAAUCCCCAGCACGUUUCGUGAGGAUAUCUCGAUGCUGCUUACGCCUGUGCAUACACCGCCAGCGAAUAAUAAUCAUCUGAAUAAGACGCCGGAUGAUGCGUAUGCGACACCUCGCGGUAGUCUUACACCUUUUGAUAAUACGCUGUUUUAUACACCGAAAGAUUACCAGACACCGAAAGGUAUACCUAUGAAUGGUAACUUGGAUAAAAUCGAGGUGGAUGGUAAGAAAUUAGAGCGGAAUUCGUAUAAUUCGCAACAUCCGCCUGAGUUUCAUGGUAUUUUGAGAUCUAAGAGUGAUUAUGAGAUACCCUGUAAGCCAUUCAAUGCGGUGUGUUGUUGUGAGGUUACGAAUGGUAUGCAACCAGGUGUACCGCGUGGUAGUUUGUUAGCAAGGUUGCAGAGCUCGCAGAAUGCGGCUGUGGUGCCAGCGGAUUGUACGUUUCGCGAUGCUUUCCGCCCGUUUUUGACGCCGAUUGGGCGCAGGAAGUGUGAUCCCUUGAUGAUGAACCACGAUGGGCAUAGAUGUCGUGUUUUAACACCCACAGAUGCUCGGGGUAAUCCUUUCGAGGCGUUUGAAGCGCAAAUAAGCAGUUUUAUUAGUUUGGGACUGUUUUUCAGACCUUGGGACUCCCCGAAGAGCGGAAUGGGCCAUCGCAAGAUGCUCUUGGACAAUGCGCUCAACAACGCCAAGCUCACGCCGAUGUCGAUGUCGAUGACGAUGUCCACGUCGCCGGAGAAUGAUGAACAUGAGCAUCAACAUCAGCAACAACAGACGGCUGAAAACAAUCCGCAGCGACGGCCCAGCAUCACGCAGUUAGUCCAAAAGAAUCCUAGUUCAAGUAGUUUGGUGGGAUCGGAGACGGGGUCUUUGGAUCGUGCUAAGGCGGCUUUCGAACGCCGGAAGAAAACGCAGUCGGCGGAACCGGAAGUCACGGCAACUGGACGCGUUGAGGGCACGCGUGUUAAUCCUGAUCAUUUGAUCGAGGAGCUUAUAAAGAAUACCAAGUUGGAUCAGACGGAUGAAUCAGCUGAAUCUUCUGGUCUACAAUUGUUUAUAGCAAAAGACGGCACAACGGCCCUGGGCAGCCACGAAGUGAAAUCCCAGAUGUUCCCUGCGGGUGUCUUCACCCAGGUGCUCAUGGACGACAACAGGUAGCCCUAAAGCCGGAUGUCAACGCUGAAGCAUAAACAAAAAAGACAAAGUACCACGCGCGUCGACCACCGACUGUUUAGUAGUUAAUAUCAAAUUUGUAUAGCAAAACGAAGACACUUUUAUUAACGAAUCCAGUUUAUGUGUGUGUGUGCCAGCCGGGGGACACGUGUUUCGCUGCCGUGGUUUGUAGCUUGUUGCAUAUUCACUCCUAGCAGUAUUAUAUUAUCACAACGCGUUGCGUUUCACUUUUCUUUCGUUUUUUGGUUUUAAAUAGACGAGCCGUGUGUUGUUUUCGCAAGGCCUAGACUAUAUUUUGCGCUGUGGACGCGACGUACACGAACAUUCAACCGGAGUUAAGGCGUCUGUGCGAUUGUUUUGCCAAUAUUUGUGAUAUACAUUACAUUGUAAGCCAUUUUAGUGCAAAGAUUAUUAAAAGAGAUUUAUCUGAAACCAGUAUGAAAACCAGGUGGAGAACACAGUGUAUAAAAAUAAAGAAAAGAUGUAUUAAUAUAUUUGAGCUGAACGUUGAGGGGAGGUGUUUAGGCUUGAGUGGAUGUGGUGUUUCAAGGUGACAAUAUUAUUUAUUGUAAAUUAUUGUGUAAAUAUAUUUGUGUAUUAUUUCCAA